AUGCUUACCAUCAACAAGCCAGUGCAGUACGGCUACAGGCCUGUCCAUGACCUACCUACGCCGCCGAGCACAUCUCGACCUUCUCCCCCCUUGAUACACCAGGAUCCGGGCCAGAAGGCGUUAUUCAUCACCACUGGGGGCAGCAGUCCGUCUGAUCAGCUCAUGUCUGCACCUCAUCGCAACUUGCCUCCGCCGGCGGCUCUGCCUCCAGUUCAACCGCCCCCCGGAUCUGGACUUUCGCAACCCCCAGCGCCACCAGGCUUGUCAGUAGCUCCGGCAGCUCCGCCACCCCCGACCUCGCAGAGCCAUAGUUUGGGCGCCCUUCCUACGGCUCCGUCGUGGCAUGAGGAGUCGAUGAAAGCAUGGCUUGUUGCCAAGGCAGAGGAAGACAAGAGGCGGCAAGAGGAGGAAAGGACCCGGCAGGAGAGCUACCGCCUUGAACAGAGGAGAGUGGAGCACGAGAUCUUGAGAACCUCUCUGCAGGGAGGGAUCCCGCCGCCACUGGUGCCAGUUGUGUUUGCGGGGAUGGGCGGAGGAAUCCUUCCGCCAGCAGCCCUGGAGUGGGCGCAGCAGUACAUGAUGUCGCAAUCCCAGCAGCCACACCCGCCCGCGUUGAUGCCGCCGGGCCCCGUCUCUCCAGAACAUCAGAGGCGAGACUCGCAAGCCCAGACGUACGGACAGUACCCGACCUCUAGCGGCGUCCCCUCGACGCCAGGCUCAGCGCAAGGGCCCCCCAGCGCAUACAUGUCAGGCUAUCCAGGAUCUCCCACGAGGCCAAGGGGACAGAGCAUGCCAGGGACGAUGGGCGGGCGACCGCAUGCGGGUGGGCCGAGCUUGCCAAACCUGAACACGAACGUGCCCGGCGGGCCGGGGAGCGCUUCGGGGGCAGCCCAGCACCCCGGAAUUGCCCAGUCACAACAACAGCAGGAGCCACAGCCGUCGCCGUCCAUCUACUUCCACCACUGGCAGCCGCCGACGACGCAGGCGGGAGGGCGGAGCAGCACUGAUCAGCCCGCCACGCCCUCAGGGGAAUCGCCACGGAAGAGAAAAGCAACAGGGCCGCAGCAGCCAGUUCCUCCGCCAAGCUCAUCACAGCGUCUUCGGUCGCCGCCCUUCUCGCAUAGCACGGGGCUGUCGAAUCCGCCACCGGGCCGCAGGAGAGGCCACUCGCGGCAACGCAGCGACCUGGGCUCAUACCGACCAAGCGGGCGAGGACGGGGGGAGACUUCAGGUCCGGGAAGGGAAAUGUCGCCGAUGCCAGGGGCGGGAACCGGGGCGAGCUCUGCCCGGGAGAGCGGCCAGGUUCCAUCAUCAAGCCAACCCCAAGUACAACAGGCGCCGCUUUCAUUUGCACCUCCGCCUCCACUUGGGCGGACUGGAGCCCACUCGGUGUCAUCACUACUGUCAGACAACCCACACCCGUCGCAGGCACCAGGGCCUUCGCGGCAGCACCAUCUGCAACAACAACACCAGCAGCAGCAUCACCAAUCGCACUAUGGUGAAGGCGAGCGGCGGACGUCGCCCCGGUUGUCGGAGGAAAAUAUGCGCAGUGGUGGAGUUCCAGGAUCGUCAGCCACGAGACCAGGAGAUAUUGACUGA